AUGGAGGGCGGGGAGCUGGAGGUGGACGCGCUGGAGUACACGCCGACGUGGAUCGUUGCGGGGGUCUGCUCCCUCAUCGUGACCGUCUCCCUCGCCGCCGAGCGGUGCCUCCAUUACCUCGGCAAGACGCUCAAGAGGAAGCACCAGAAGGCGCUCUUCGAGGCUCUCCUCAAGGUGAAGGAAGAGCUGAUGCUUCUGGGCUUCAUCUCCCUGCUGAUGACGGUGUCCCAAGAUGUGAUCCAGAGGACGUGCAUUCCCCCUAGCUGGACCAACUACCUGCUGCCCUGCAAGAGGAUGGAGGAGCGUUCUGUCGUCGAUCUCGGCGGUCGCCGGCUGCUUCCUAAGAGCGUGCCGCGGUCCGACCAUUGCAAGAACAAGGGAAAAGUUCCUUUGCUGUCACUCGAAGCGUUACAUCAGUUGCACAUUUUCAUUUUUGUUCUGGCUAUCACCCAUGUGAUUUUCAGUGUUCUGACCAUGGUUUUAGGAGGAGCCAAGAUUCGCCAAUGGAGACACUGGGAGGCUGAAAUUCAUAAAAACGAUGCAGGAAACGGACCUAAGAAGUUGACCAACGUUCAACAAUUUGAAUUCAUCAGGGAACGUUUUAAUGGCGUUGGCCAGGAGUCUACGAUGUUGAGCUGGAUGCAUUCUUUUGUUAAGCAGUUUUACGCGUCGGUCACUAAAUCGGACUACGCGACCAUGCGACUCGGUUUCAUCAUGACGCAUUGCCGGGGGAACCUGAAAUUUGGCUUCCACAGAUACAUGGUGCGAGCCUUGGAGGCCGAUUUCAAGAAGGUGGUUGGCAUAAGGUGGUACCUGUGGAUAUUCGUGGUGAUAUUCAUGCUGCUGAACGUCAAUGGCUGGCACACCUACUUCUGGAUCUCCUUCCUUCCUCUCAUCCUCCUGCUGGCCGUGGGCACGAAGCUGGAGCACGUGAUAGCUCAGCUGGCGCACGACGUCGCGGAGAAGCACUCGGCGAUCGAGGGCGACCUGGUGGUGAACCCGUCCGACGAGUACUUCUGGUGCGGUAAACCCAGGGUGAUCCUCUACCUCAUCCACUUCAUCCUCUUCCAGAACGCCUUCGAGAUCGCGCUCUUCUUCUGGAUCCUCACCACCUACGGGUUCAACUCGUGCAUCAUGGACCACGUCCCCUUCAUCGUGCCGAGGCUCGUCAUCGGGGUGGUCAUCCAGCUGCUGUGCAGCUACAGCACGCUGCCGCUGUACGCGAUCGUGACACAGAUGGGGACCUUCUUCAAGAAGGAGAUCUUCGACGAUCACAUCCAGCAGGGGCUGGUGGGGUGGGCGCAGAAGGCCAGGAUGAGGGCAGAGUCAUCCAAGGAUGCUGCUGCCGCUGCCGCCGCCGGAACCACCAGGCACGGCGCCUCCUCCCGGCUGGAGAUGCUGCGGCGAGCCGCCGCCAUGAUGCAGUGCCGCCGCGCGCUGCCAAGGUAGCUCCAAAAGAACCAAGAUGAAGUGUCAUGUCUCAGCAAGACACGAUCUAGCAAGAACGGCAACUAGUUACACCUCAGAGGAUUGAUAUAGGCUUGGUUUUGCUUUAGUAAACUGUCAAAGAGCAAGAAGUGUAUAGUACUUUAGCUGAUAAUAGUACAAGAUACCAGUAUCACAUAUUUUUUUUUACUACAGCUCAGCGGGUAAAACCCUGGAGAAGCACCAGUACAACAACCAAAA